AUGUGUGAAAUGGAUUCACAUGUGGUACAAGAUAUGAGAAUAUUUUAUUAUCCUCUUCAUAUUGCUGUUCAACAAGAUUCAAUUGAAUUAGUUAAACUUUUACUUAAUUAUAAACAAAAAUUACAUAUGAAAAUAAAAGAACCUUAUACAAAAAGAACAGCAUUACAUAUUGCUGCUGGAAAAUGUUCAAUAGAGGUUUUAUUAAGAAUUCUUCUUUUUUUUUAAUUUAAUAUUUUAUUUUAAUAUAUAAUUGGUCUUUUAUUAGAAGAAGGUCAAUGUGAAGAAAAUCCAAUCGAUUUAUAUAGUCAUACACCAAUUGAUAUUGUUUGGAAAUACGAAUUCAUUAUCUAUAUUUCGUCGAUUUGAAUCAAGUUUUUGCAUUUUUAUUGCUUAUGAUUUACCAUCAUUAUUUGUUGCACCUUUUAAAGAUAAUAAAAUAUUACUUAUUCAUAUUUGAGUUUGGUUUAAUCGAAAUUAUCAAGAUGCUGUUAUAGAAGAUGAUAAAUUCGAUAGACAUUAUACAGGUUUUUUUUACAUUUAAUUCUUUUUAUUUAUUUAUUUAUUAAACGUAGGUAGUAGGCAUGUACCGAGCUUUUUUCCGUUACUUUCAAACACUUUUAGUUCAAAACCUUCAGCUCUUAAGUGAAAAGCUGAAUCAUGGGGCCUAACUUAUCAAAAGAUAGACCAAACAUCGCUCUACAAAAUGAGACAUACCCAAGCCCUGUGCAACAACGCCUUCAGUUUUUAUAGGA